AUGAGUAAUGGGGUCAUAAGUCUGAGUCUUAAUGGUGCGUCAAUAUGGUGGAGAGAUAUAUGUAAUUUGGAUGUAGGUGGGUGGGUAUCAGCUAGGGAAUAUUCGGUGAAAGAGGUGUACAAAAGCUUGGAGGUGGAAGAUCAACAAGCGCGUAGCCUACCAUGGUGCAAAAUAUGGAAUAAGGCUAUACCAUCAAAAGUAUCGUGCAUGGUGUGGAGAGUGUUACAAAAUAGAAUCCCUACCAAAGACAAUUUACUCAAAAGGGGAGUGUUAACAAAUAGCCAAAUGGGCUGUGUCGGGGAGUGCGGGAGAGAGGAAUCGGUAUCUCAUAUCUUUUUUGAGUGUCCUAAAAUUGCAUGUAUGUGGAAGCUGUUGUGCAACUGGAUAGGAGUGGAUUUAAACUUACAAAAUGAAGGAUGGCAACAUCUUGAACAAUUCGAAGGACUCCUUGGAUCACAAAGAAAUUUAACCAUGAAAAUGAGAGUGAUAUGGGCAGCAGGCGUGUGGUGCAUUUGGAGAGGCAGGAAUAACAAAGUGUUUCGGGGCGAGGAAAUUCAAAUGGAAAAGCUGGUUGAAGAGGCAAAGAUUUUGGCAUGGAGAUGGCUCAAACUUAAAUCAAAUUCUAUAGCCGAUGAUAUAGUCGCGUGGUGUAAUAAUCCUAAGGCGUGUAUCGGGAUUCUUGAUGGUUGA